AUGCCCUCGCUUUCGAAUCUGAGGGUUUAUAGUCACGGGUCUUCUACUUCCGCAAUACAUACCCCACCCACGACCGGCUCACCACCUGGACAAACGCAGCCCGAGAACAGCAGCUCCGCUUCGUCUGUAGUGGAAGGAGUCAUUUUCCAGGAACCUGAUGUGGAAGUCGACCUCAUAGACGGAGAGCAAGGGAGUGCUGCUGGGAUGGUAGAAUCACGCGCUGGGAACGAGGAAUCUAAGAGGAACCUGCGGGACCAGUUAAGGAGAACACUGAGCAAGAAGGAGUCGUCUACGGCGGAACAGUAUCUACCUAGACAAUACUUCGUCCUGACAGAUGCCGGUAAACCCGUCUUCGUCAGCGACCAAGAUGCCAAUUCGGACAGCGUCACCUCCAUGUUGGGCGUCGCCCAAGCUCUCGUCUCCAUCUUCCUGGAUGACGGAGACAAGCUCCGGACGAUCAACGCUGGUAAUAUGCGCAUAGUAUUCCUUCUACGGCCACCGUUGUACUAUGUCUGCGUGUCCUCAUGGGGCGAGCCAGAAUCAGUAACCAGGUUCCAUCUUGAAUACCUGCACCUGCAGAUCUUGAGCGUCUUCUCUGCAGAACAGCUGAGACGAAUGUUUGAGCAACGGCGAAACUUCGACCUGGGACGGCUUCUAAGAGGUGCCGAGCCGCUCCUGUACUCCCUGCUAUCAAGGCUGGAGUGGGACCUGGCGAUGGGCACGUCGUCGCUUCAUUGUCUAAAGCUCGACCCAGCUUUACGGAAAUGUGUAGCCGACAUCCUCGUGCCGACGUCCAAAAUCAAGGAUAUCCUCUACGUUAUCAUGAUUGCUCAAGGACGCGUAAUAACAUUGGUGAGGCCCAGGAAGCACUCCAUUCAUCCUUCAGACUUGCAUAUUCUCAUCAAUACCAUCCAUUCCCCCUCCAUCCUCAACAAUUCCGCUACAGCGUCCUACUUGCCAGUCUGUCUCCCCAAAUUCAACCCUUCUGCGUUCGUCAACGCAUAUGUCAUGUUCCUUCCGCGAAGCGACCUGCAAGACGCUGCCAAGAAGCCAACAUCCGAAGCAGAUUCGGAAAGCGUGCGAUCUAACCCAGAUGAGCAGCCAGCGAAUGAAACGGCAAGCUCGAAUAGUUCGCCGUCGAGUAGCUCGACUGGGCGAGUUCCUGAAAUAGCCCUGGUAGCUGUCAGCGGUAGUGCAGACUUCGAAUUGGUUCGGGGCUGGGCGGACAACACGAUCCACAGGCUUUCCCAUGAUAGCUUAUUGAAGAACUUGAAUGACGCCAUCUCUCAAGGGUCGACGGAGUAUUCAGUAUCAAAUCUUAGUAUACCAGGCCUGAGACACUUCAUCUACAAGUCGCGAUCGCAUGUACAAAUCACUAUGCCGCUCUUUGAGGACCCGUACGAUAGUCCGAAUGAGAAGCGAAGGCUUGUUACACUGUACCAGACCCUGUAUGAUGCGAUACACGCGAAGUCCGGACAGGAGCACACGCUCAAAUUGCAGUACAUUAAGACCAGCCAAGAGAGCGUUAUGGGAUGGAUUACACAGCCGUUUGAGUUGUAUAUCGCGCUUUCUCCUCGGCUCCCGAAGAGCGCCGCGGUGAACGCUGCAAACGCCAUCGCACGUUGGGUACAGAAGGAAGAGAAGCAGCUAUUCCUCAGAGACGCACCUGUAUUCUAG